UCGCACAGCAUAUCCCAGUACACCCCAGGAUGUGGCUCCCAUCGGUUGGGGAGAGUCAGCAGCACACACGAGGACUCACUGGAGUGCUGAGUCGAAGACCUCUUUUUCAAGUCUCCCCACCGAGAGAAACCGGCAGUUUUAUUUCAAGUAAAUUGGGCACAUAUAAGACGAUAGAGGGGGGUAGUUUUAUCAAUUUUUAGGGGUGACCUCAACAUCGGGUUCGCAAGGGGUGGACACGUAGAUCAACUGCGUAACGCAAGUCUUCACCAUAGUUGUGAAAAUCUAGCUAAAGACACACGAUGGACCCAAGAGACACUGCCCCUGAUUCCUGGGAACAAGAGGACGAUGUGGAGGCCACGAUCGACGGAGAACUUGGAUCAGCAUUAAAAGCCCUCAACGUGAAGGCCAGACCAUUUGUACCCAACGUAAACGCCGCCGAAUUCGUCCCGGCCUUCUUUAUGAAAGGGCCCUCGGAAAAUCCUGAUUCCGGUGUUGAUGUUGAAACAGUCGCCACCAUGGAGGUCUCCGAAACGGCAGCCCCCGUGGAGAAUGGUGACUCUGAAAUGACCCCAGAAGAGACGUGGGACCAGAAAGGCACUGAGCCUAACGAGGCGGAGCCAGGAGGCGGCCCAGGUGGCGACGAGGGACCAGUGGUGGAAGAGAUCCAGCAAGAAAUAAUGAUGGAGGAGGACGAGGAAGUGCCAACGCCUAAGAUAGCACCCGCCCAGCCAGACGCUCCCAAGAAGGAGCAUGUGAACGUGGUGUUCAUUGGCCAUGUCGACGCUGGAAAAUCGACUAUUGGAGGACAAAUCAUGUACCUAACAGGCAUGGUGGAGAAGAGAACUCUGGAAAAGUAUGAGAGAGAGGCCAAGGAAAAGAACAGGGAAACCUGGUACCUGUCCUGGGCCCUCGACACCAACCAGGAGGAGAGAGACAAGGGCAAGACUGUGGAGGUGGGCCGAGCAUACUUUGAGACAGAGAAAAAGCACUUUACCAUUCUGGAUGCCCCAGGCCACAAAAGCUUCGUACCCAACAUGAUCGGGGGCGCGUCGCAAGCUGACCUGGCCGUACUGGUCAUCUCAGCCAGGAAAGGCGAGUUUGAGACGGGCUUCGAGAAGGGGGGGCAGACACGGGAGCACGCCAUGCUGGCCAAAACGGCCGGGGUUAAGCAUCUCAUCGUCCUCGUCAACAAAAUGGAUGACCCCACAGUAAACUGGAGCCUAGAGAGGUACGAAGAAUGUAAGGAGAAACUAGUGCCAUUUUUGAAGAAAGUUGGCUUCAACCCCAAGAAAGACAUUCAUUUCAUGCCCUGCUCCGGGCUAACAGGAGCAAACCUCAAGGAGCCCAUAGAACUGUGCACUUGGUAUACAGGGUUACCAUUCAUUCCACAUCUGGACAGUUUGCCAAACUUCAAAAGAUCGAGCGGCGGCCCUGUCAGAUUACCUAUUGUAGACAAAUAUAAGGACAUGGGCACCGUGAUCCUGGGCAAGCUGGAGUCGGGCUGCAUCAGCAAAGCACAGCAACUCGUCAUGAUGCCAAACAGGCACACGGUGGAGGUGCUGAGCCUACUGUCAGACGACGUGGAGACGGACGACGCAUCCCCAGGGGAGAACCUCAAGCUGAGGCUGAAGGGCAUCGAGGAGGAGGAGAUCCUGCCUGGCUUCAUCCUCUGCAACGCUGAGAACCUCUGUCACUCAGGGCGCACCUUUGACGCCCAGAUAGUCAUCAUUGAACACAAGUCAAUAAUUUGCCCGGGUUACAACGCAGUCCUUCACAUCCACACCUGCAUCGAGGAAGUGCAAAUCACGGCCUUAAUCUGUCUGGUAGACAAAAAGACGGGAGAAAAGAGUAAGACGCGACCGCGCUUCGUCAAACAGGACCAAGUGUGCAUCGCCCGCCUGCGCACCGCUGGAACCAUCUGCCUUGAGACCUUCAAAGACUUCCCCCAGAUGGGACGAUUCACCCUGCGGGAUGAAGGUAAGACCAUUGCCAUCGGUAAGGUUUUGAAGCUUGUUGCCGAGAGGGACUGAAGCUGUUGCAUGGGAGUCCCUGCGCAGACUGGCGAGAGACGAAGUGGGGGGGGGGGGGAGGGGGAGCUGGAGUUGGCCUAGAUGUCCGUCAGCGUUGUCGGUGGCAACGAAGACCCUUCUUGCCUCUUUUCUCCCCCUCUCACUGUCGAAGAUCAGCUUAAAAAAAACUUCUGUGAAAAAGAAACCUGUUUUUAAGCAAGCGAAAAACAAGAUCAAGUCCACACGAGUCAGCUUUCUCAUAUUGAGAGCUCAGCUAUGCCAUUUUUGGGUCAGGUCCCCCCCACCCUUUUCCCAUCCACCUAUGCUGGUCUACUCAUGAUUAUUAAAAGCAGAUUAUUUUUUUCUUCCUCCAAUUGUUUAUUUUUUAUUUAGUUUUUUUAUUUUGUUUUAGCUUCCAUUGAUGAAAAUGAAAAAUGGCAGCAGUUGUAUCUGUAAACAGAUGUGGACCAGUAAUUGCUUGGAAUACAAAAAUUAUUUACAAAAGAACAACAAAAUGUUUGAGAGAAUUUAACUAGUUUAAACCAAAACGUUGAUAUAUUGGUUGUACAUGUCUCCCAUUGGUUUUACCCACCUUUUGGUUUCUCAUAGAACGUUCUGGCAGUGUGCUUGAGCGUGUUCACAUGUUAUUAAAGCAACUACUAUGACAAUAAAAUAUUAAAUUGGGGAAA